AGGCUAACCUCACGCAUAGCACAACAAGACAAACCAAUAAAAACUGCCUCUUCUUUUCAACUCUUUCACCAGCAACCGACCAAAGAAUGGAGUCGCUUAUCAAGUCCCAGCACGCUCAGCAGCUGGCGGGUCACAACAGUUCAACCGGUAAAAAUCCUUCCACGGACAUGAUGCCGGCGACUGGACUGGCGAUGUCAUCGGACGAAAACAUGAUGCUGAAACUGAUCCAACAAACUCACUCCCCAGAUGCUCGCGAAGUCCAAGUGCGUGGCCUUCUCUCUCUCGUUGAGGAUAUUCUCGACCGUGCCACUCUUGACUCUCAAGACACCAACGCCUCCAUGCUUCCGUUGCCCACUGAGGAUAAACUGAUGCAGUCAAGCAUGAUGAGCGUUCUAGAUAGUGUCUCCUAUGCUAUUGAUCGUGUUGCCUGCGAGGUAUAGCUACUUUUCUUUUGCUUCAGUUCAAAUUAC